GGCACUGUCUUUAAUCUUGAGUCCGAGGAGGAGGAAUACCCUGAAGUUGUUGCAGAAGAUAGCAAUGAUAUUUAUAUUCUGCCCAGUGACAACUCUGGACAAGUCAGUCCUCCAGAGUCUCCAAUUGUGACUACUUCUUGGCAGUCAGAGAGCUUACCUAUUUCCCUGUCAGCCAGCCAGAGUUGGCAUACAGAAAGCCUACCAAUGUCCCUGGGUCCUGAGUCCUGGCAGCAGAUCACAAUGGAUCCCGAAGUAAAAAGCUUAGAUAGCAAUGGGGCUGGAGAGAAGAGUGAGAACAAUUCCUCUAAUUCUGACAUUGUGCAUGUUGAGAAAGAAGAAAUACCUGAGGGUGCGGAAGAGGCUGCUGUGGCAUCUGUAGUCUUGUCAACCAGGGAGGUGCAAGAGGCAUUCCCUAAAGCCCCAGCUCCCUUGCUUCCACAUAUCACUGCCACUUCCUUGCUGGGCAUGAGAGAAUCUGACACAGAAAUGACUGCAGUUGAGAAAGUCAGCCCAGCUACAUCAUUGUUUGUAGAACUUGAUGAAGAAGAGAUGAAAACAGCUAUAACUGAACCUAUUGAACGAGAGGAGAUGAUCCCUAUACUGGAACCCACAAAAACACUGUUAAGUGAAGAGAUGACUAUAAGGAAAAAGAGUCUUAUGGAAGGGUCUUACCCUGCUGGAGAAGAGAAGUCUAUGGCAUUGUCUGAGGGCAAGUCUAUACUGUUGUUUGGAGGGGCUGCCGCUUUUGCCAUCCUGGCAGUGGCAAUUGGAGUAGCAUUGGCUCUGAGAAAGAAAUAGCAUUUUUUAGAAAAGAAAUAAGACAAAAAGGAUAUUAGGUUUUAGUUGUAUUGACUGAAUUUAAACUGCCAGCAGCUGAUUGGACAUUUGUGGAACACUCUUGGAUAAUUGAAGAUUUCUGGCUUGAGGUAGAGGGUAUUCAUGUUUGUCUGACUGUUAAGUUCCAAAAGCCUUGGCUCAUGGUAGAUUCUGAAGAAUCUUAAGAGAAGCUUAAGAGUAAAGUACUCCCUCUGGUACAGGUUUCUCAAUCUCUGCAUUAAUUAUAUCUUGAAAAUUCUUUGUUGUAGGAAGUUGUCCUGCGCAUUGUGUUUAGCAACAUCCCUGGCCUGUACCCACUAAAUACCAGUAGCACCUCUCCCCCAGUUGUUACAACCAAAAAUAUCUCCUGACAUUGCCAAAUGUCCCUGGGAGUAAAAUUAUUCCCCUUUACAGGCCACAGCUUUAGAGGGAGAGGGUUAAUUUAGGAGCAUCUGUGAUACAAGUUCCCAGGCAAGAGGGCUUAACUGUGUGCUCCUCAGCUACUGAUUCGGUCCUGCCCUUGAAAUUUCAUCUUUUCUGGUGAACAAACUGUUUGCAGUCAUUCCUUUUUGGCUUUUCUUUUCUUCCCCACCUUUUUAGUCCUAUAGUGUGAGGGUAUUCUCCUCUUUUGUCACAGCUGCUUCUCAGGUACCCCACUCCUCCUCUUCACCUCCAGGUUUCUCCUAAGAUCAAUGGAGCGUGCUUGCUCUGUACCUAUCAAGUCUCUGAUGCUUCUUAUAGCUUCACCUUGUAAAGAUACUGCCUUUAGUAGUCUUUAAAAAGGGGGGGGGGGCGCUCCCUGCCUAUAAGUGCUAUGACAACUAACUGACAAGAGAGAGAUCUGUCUCAUUUAGAAGCAGGAAAAUGGUUUAAAUGACCUCUGGAGCUCUUUCGGCUCUUUUGUGUAUGGCCACCCAACUGAAUUUAUGGCUACUUGCCAGCAGCAUCUCCCUUGCGGGAUGGUCACUGUCUAUAACCUGGGCUUGUGCGUUUUUCCCUAUACUAUCUGGCCUCAGUGUUACUGGUCGACCAUCUAGCUCCUUUGCAGUCCUUUACUGCGUUUUUAUACUCGGCUUGCAGACCAAUUGAAUUAUAACUCUUAUGAAAUACAGAAAGUCUCCUAAAUAUCAUUGAAAUAAAAUGUAUGAAAAGAGAAGCUUGACUUUCUUGGUUACCCUCAAGUUCUAGUUUGGCUUUCAGGCUUCUUCACUGAAAUCUUCACAGUCCAAUGCCAGUGUGAUAAACCAGAAUGAUCCUAUUAGUAUGUACUAGUUGAGAAUCAGCAUAAUUUUCUUUCAUCUGGCUGAUCCCACCUCUAGUAGGAUGGGAAGUGUCAUUUUAUGCCUGAGGAUCACGGUGUCGCUAUGCAGGUCAUACUUGCUUGAUACAGAUCAUUUCAGAUUUAUCUUAGUAAAUGUAACAAAUUAUUUUUUAGAUCCUAAAAUUUGUAGUAAAAUUACCUUAUCACGAUCACCAAAAUGUGAAGUUUUAAAUGUGCUUUCUUUUUGAAAUAUAUUUUAAAAAAUUAAAUCUUCUCCCUAAAGCAAUACUAUUUAAAAGUUGAUCAAGAAAGUUCUGAAGUGUUUGUGUGCCACUUCAGCUUUAUCAUGGGGUUUAUCUUUAUGUUCUGAGUUUUAGUGUCCCAUUUAGGGGGUGAUGUUUUUGAGGGUUUUGAUGCACCUUGAUUAAAAUAGCUAAGGGUGAGGGGGAAAAAUGGGAUUAGUGUAGUAAAGAAUUAUUUCCUUCUUGGGCUCUGACUGUUUCAGUGGAUUACUCUAUGUUCUAAUUGCUACAUUUGUGUUUGCAUAGGGUAAGAGCAAACUGGUGUGUUAUCUUGAUUCCCCACACCCUUUCCUAUAUAAUAAAAGAUUAUGGAAAUUGA